GGGAACUUUCCACUCCCAGUGAAACCAGGUGACUCUUGGCUUGCACGCUACCUGCUUUCCCGUGGUGACGACAAGUCACGUGUCAUUGUUUGGAGCAGGAAACUGGCACCUUCUGGAUGGCUUCCGCAGCAGUUUACAGAGACAAGUCCACAUUUAUUUACGCCUUACUUUUAUGUCCAGCCUAACAAUGGGGAGAAAUGUUUUUCCAGUGGCGAAGGAGAGCAAUCGCCAAUAUGCAUAUAAGUGGAGCAAACUCAUCGGACAAGCAUCCAGCUGCUGUUAGCUUGUAGCCGUAGCGCACCAGCCGGAGGGGAACGAGGAGCUAACUGGAGUUAGCGAUUCGCCGCUUGGCAAACUGCUGUCAUCCUCUCGAGUUAUUUCUUCUCCUCUCAAGGCUGUUCCUCUAGCUAGUAAUUUAUUUUGUUGAACGUAUAUAGGCAAAAUGGAGUUGUUCCAAGCCAAAGACGAUUACAUUCUUCAGAACGGGGACCGCGCUCUUUGGUGUAGCCGAAAGGACGGUUCCAUGACAGUCAAACCUGCAACGGAUCUACUAUUUGCUUGGAACCCAGUAUGUUUAGGCCUGGUGGAAGGAAUCAUCGGAAAGAUACAGCUUCACACAGAUCUGCCUCUCGGCCUUGUAUUAAUCCGCCAGAAAGCGCUUGUUGGCCAUUUGCCAGGCGACCACAAAGUCUACAAGAUUAUCAAGAUCGCUGUCAUUCCUCUGUCUGAUGAAGAGCCACAGGAGCUGGAGCUGGAGCCCUGCAAAAAGCAUCAUUUUGGAAUUGACAAGUCAGAGAAACUGGCUCAGUCUCCUGAUGAGUCCAAGUUAAUGAAAACCUUAAGCCAGAUAAAAUCCAAUGUGGCUGUGCCCAUUAAAAAAAAGGUAAAGGAAAACAAAGAGAAGGAACGUCUUGAGAGGCGGCUGCUAGAUGAGCUAUACAAAAUAUUCAUGGAUUCUGACUCCUUCUACUACAGUCCCACGUAUGAUCUGACAAACACUGUGCAGCGCCAAGGAGACUUGGAAAGGUCCGAUUUACCGCUUUGGAAACAGGUGGAUGACCGUUUUUUCUGGAACAAACACAUGAUUCAAGAUCUUUUAGACCUAAAGACCCCUGAGGUGGAUUUUUGGGUGAUACCAAUCAUCCAGGGCUUUGUCCAAGUCGAGGAACUUGUAGUGAAUUACAACGAGACAUCGGAUGAGGAACGGAGCAGUCCUGAAACUCCACCGCAGGAGGUGACCUGUGUUGACGACAUCCAUCCCCACUUCACCGUUGCUCUCAUCUCCAGACGUAGCCGCCAUCGAGCAGGGAUGCGGUACAAACGCAGAGGAGUAGAUACAGAUGGCCAUGUGGCUAACUAUGUGGAGACGGAGCAGUUGAUCCACGUGCACAGCCACACUCUGUCGUUUGUGCAGACUCGUGGCUCUGUGCCUGUCUUCUGGAGCCAGGCAGGAUACCGCUACAAUCCCCGGCCACGCUUGGAGAAAGAAGAGAGGGAGACCAUGCCGUACUUUGCUUCCCACUUCGAAGAGCAACUUAAACUCUAUAAGAAAGAGGUCAUCAUUAACUUAGUUGACCAAAGUGGACGAGAGAAGUUGAUUGGGGAUGCCUAUCUGAAGCAAGUGCUUCUUUACAACAACUCAAACCUCACCUAUGUGUCAUUUGACUUCCAUGAGCACUGUCGAGGGAUGAAAUUUGAAAAUGUGCAAAUACUGACAGAUGCUAUCUGUGACAUCAUCACUGACAUGAAAUGGGCCUGGGUGGACCAAGCUGGAGUCAUCUGCAAGCAAGAGGGCAUUUUCAGAAUCAAUUGCAUGGAUUGUUUGGACAGGACCAACGUAGUCCAGGCAGCUAUCGCCCGUGUGGUUAUGGAACAGCAGCUGAAGAAGUUGGGUGUGAUGCCUCCAGAGCAGCCCCUGCCUCUUAAAUGUUACAGGAUCUACCAGAUCAUGUGGGCCAACAAUGGUGACACCAUCAGCAAACAGUAUGCAGGCACAGCAGCACUUAAGGGAGAUUUUACACGGACGGGUGAGAGGAAAUUGGCUGGUGUGAUGAAGGACGGCGUAAACUCAGCCAACCGCUACUAUCUGAACCGCUUCAGAGAUGCUUACAGACAAGCAGUAAUCGAUCUCAUGAUGGGUCUUCCAGUGACUGAAGACCUCUACUCAAUUUUCAGCAAGGAGAAGGAACAUGAGGAAAAAGAGCAGGAAAGCCAAAGAGGAGCCCAGGAGCAAGUCAGCCUGUUAUUGCAGACAUACAUGCAGCUUCUUCUGCCGGAUGAUGAGAGGUUUCAUGGUGGUUGGGCUCUCAUUAACUGUGACAUGAGCCUCAUCGAUGCCACAACUAAAGAUGAUGAUGUGCUUCUGCUUCUGUCUGACAAAGCCUACUACAUUGCGUACUAUGACGAAGAAGCAGAUAAAGUCAACCAGUACCAGCGCCUCAAUUUAGAAGGUUUGGAAAAGAUUGAAAUUGGUCCGGAACCGACGCUUUUUGGCAAACCAAAGUUCUGCUGUAUGCGCCUGCAUUACAGAAGUGAAGAGCAAAGUGGAUACUUUCACACACUGCGAACAGCCACCCGAAAUCCUGAGGAUGACGGAAAAGAUACACUACAGUGCAUUGCUGAGAUGCUUCGCAUUACAAAACAGGCCAGGGGGCUGGACCUACUGGUGGUUGAAAAGAAGCUGGAGAGGCGUCAGAGCAGACCUCAUGAAGAUAUUAUGGGGAUCCAGAACAAAACUGGUGAGCAGGCACAGGGCAGCUCUGGGCUAGCUCAAGGCAAAAGUUUCCUCCUCAAUAAAUUCUCCUCUCUGAAUCAGAAAGUAAAACAGACCAAAACAAGCGUGAACAUCAGCACCUUCAAGCCUCUCGGCAAGCUGGGAAAUUUCUCUAAGCCUGAAGUCAAGGUCAAUUUUCUGAAGCCAACUAUGCACGUUAACCUGUGGAAGUCAGACAGCAGCUUGGACACAUCGGAUGGCAACCCCGGCACAGGAACCUUAAAAGAUAUCACCGACAUGAAUUUUGAUAUGUCCGAUGACUCAGACUCUUACAAUUCUGAUCCAGAGCACCCGUGCUCGGGGUCUUUUGAGAACGUGGACUAUGUGCUGCCCAGCUGCGGCAUCGUAGCAUCUAACCCAAGACUGGGCAGUCGCUCCCAGUCCAUCGGUAGCGCGGAGCUAAAUAUUCCCUCUGUUAUCCGGGUCAGUGGCUGUGAAGGCCAACAGGAGAGCUCUUCUCAGGUCAGCGAAGACCAGUCCCCAGGGGCCGCCUCAGUGGCUGAAGAAGCCAUUCUGAUUGACUUUGGCACUCCCUUCGAUGCCUACUGCCACCAGUUUAUCCAGGACGCACAGACCAAGCCCGUCGAGGUGUUCGGAGAACGGCCGCCCGUGGCCGCCCAUCCGCCCAAGCCCAUAGUGCCUGUGCAGAAUAACAGCCCAGCGGACCCCAAGCAGCCAAGCACAAAGCCACAACAUCAGCAGGAGGAGCCCAACCUCCCCAGGCCAUCCCAGCUCGAUGUACAGACCACUGCCUCCGCUUCUAACCUUCUCAGCAUUCAGAGGCCCACCUCUGCCGUGUCAGGCGGCUCUCAGAGGAGUCUCGGCUCCCAGCUGGAGGGCAGCCUCGGCCCUUCGCCCGCUGACAGUAACGGCAGCCGGGUCGUGUCCCCCUUUGCCAAGAUCAGGAGCUCCAUGGUCCAGGUGGCCAGUCUCACCCAGGCGGGGCUCACUCAGGGCAUCAGCUUUGCCGUGGCGAAGGUGCAAAAGAGCCCAGAACCCGAGACAGUCAAUGAGGUCCAAGAGAGUGAGUUGAAGGCAAUGUUUACGCAGUGCCAGACCAGAAUCAUUCAGAUCUAGUGCUUUCCUUGAAAGAAGCAUUUCUGGAGGACAUCAUGCAGAAAUGUGUUACUCACUCCUUGGCCAACACCUGUGCUCUCACUUACGCCCUUUAGUCCAAGUAGCCACUGUUGUACAGAAUCGAGAACCAUCGGCAGUAAUAACGUGGCAGUGAAUGUUUACAUGCACACAAGAACAUGCGGUUUCCCUUUUUAAAAGGAGCAAUUUGCACAUUAUGAUCGCCUCCAAAUUCAGGCGUUUUGUCAAUUUUAUUGGUUGUCAGUUGCCAUCAUAUUUUCUUGGGAUAUCUCAAUUUUUAAAGCCACUCCUGACAAAAUGUGCAAUGUAAUACUGUAUGUUAAAUAAAUCCCUUCUUCAACAAAUCUCGUACUUACAACACUCCCACAUCAGUCACAAUUUCUAUAAACUGCUGUAUACAGUAUGUGCAUCAAAAAUCAAACAUUCUUCUAUUCUAGAUCAAUGGAAGAAUUGAACGUGCUGUAUCUGUUGAAGACUAUUUUUAAAAAAUAAGUUUACAUACUGUGUGAUUCAAUUUAAAUGACAUCUGAGCGGUCAUUCUGGGAAAAAAGCUUCAGCAUAAGUAAACGCAGAUUUUAACGUUGCAAUCUUAUGUAGUUGGCAUAGUGUGCAGUUUUUCGUGCAUGUAAACAUGACACUGUUCUUGAGUGAUUUUAAUUAUUCACAAUGCUUGCAUGACAGGUUGGUGCUCAUGGCCGACUUUGACCGAGCAGAUAAUUAUUAGCUGCAUGAUAAUAGACCAACUCUGGAUUAAUAAUAUACUACACAGUAUGUGCAGGCCACCUAUUGGUAUUCGUGAUAGAUGAUAAUAAUAACCUUUUGGAACAGCUGUCCUAAUGUCUGACCAAAUAACUUGCGUGGAUCCAAAAUGAUGUUCCGGUGUUAACUACUGUAUUGACCUUUGAAUAGCAGUCAGAAACUAACAAGACAACCAACUGUACGUAGUUAGUCUGUGUCAUAUCAAUAUUGUCAAGUGUUGCUAUAAUAUGGUACAAACUUUGACUACACAAGACCUUUGUAAGAGUAUCAUUAUAGUGAGUUUGUCCAGAGAAUUUACUCCCUGUUUAACACCUUCCCUUAGGAUGAUGAUGUUGGUUUUUUUUUUGUUUGUUUUGUUUUUUUUGGCUGGUAGGGUGGCAGCAAAAUGCAGAGAAGAGCACAUAAAAAAAAAUAAAAAAUAUAUGUACACUGUAUAUCAUAAUGUAGAUAUAUCUCAUAAUAUAAAGGCAUAUAUAAUAUAUAUUUGGGAAAGUUAUUUCAAGAAGGAUGUCUCCACAUAACCAGUCUUUGAGCAGUUGGACUAAUUCACUUUAAUGUAAACUUGCAUUGUAGAUUGUUGUUGUAUCGUCGACCAAGACAGCUGAGUAGCACAUUGUCGGUAUAUAUGCAAAUGCACCAAUUAAACUAAGAAGAAACACUCCCAAAACUGAAACUUACUUGCCUUAACGGGGAAUUAAAGUGGGACGAUUAUACGUAUAUCAGGUAUUUAUGGUAAACGCUACAUUUUGAAUCCAUUCUCUUACAUGUUACGUUGUGUACUGUACUGUAUGAAAAAAAAUGUUCUGAGUAACUCCGUUUCAUCUUGGGAUAUUUUAUGAGCUGAUGCUUUCUUUCCUCAUUUUGUGAGGCCCAAUAUUUUAAUGACUCAGUUUGUGUCUGCCAUUUUGAAGGUAAAAGGGUUAUACCUGAUGCAGAUUUCAGAGAACUCUAACGAGUCAAAGGAAACUGCAUAUUUUUUUUCCAUCUUAGCCUUGUGUUUAGAGGUGUUGCCUCAUUGCUUUCUGAAAAUGUUAAAUUGGAGAAUCUGCCAUGCAUAAAAUAUUUAGAUAAAACAAUUUGAGUCACAGUAUAAAAGCGAUAUAUUGAUCUCUAUACUCUAAUAAUCUGUUCAGCGUUGAGAUGGAAUAUCCCAAGAUCAUCGAUCACAUGUUUCAUAUUUACCGUAGUUAAGUUUAUGUGUUUCCUGUAGUCAGCUUGCUGACGAUUAGACAAGGUGCGGUUUUUGCUUCGUGGUUGCUGUAUCAUUAUUUUGGAGAGUGGAUCUGCCAAAGGCUCUCAGAUAUUGCUGGAAUGCACAAUUUUAAUGCAGAAGUUCUAUUUAAAUGCUGCAUUAGGAUUACAACACUGGAGCUAGUUUAAAAGGGAUGGUAAUCCUCAACAUUCCUAAUCAAGACCACAAUGCUACAUUUUUUUUAAUGUAAGAGUUUGUAGUUACGGUAAUGUAGUUCCGUUAUGCAGGGUGAUGUUUUUCUUUAAUUUUGACAUAAGUGCUUCAGCAACCCGCUGUUAAUUUCUGUCUGUUGCACCUGUACUACCCUCCCUCAAAGACCCCACAACAUGUCAUCCUCUGAAUACUUCUUAAAGCAUUUGUUCAACACUGUUUCACUUCAUCUGCUUGUGGUCACACCUGUUUAUCAACACUCUUGCAGUGUUGACAUUGUAUUAUAUAUUAAAGUCUCCUAUUUAUUCUCAUCCUCUUUGGGUGUUACUUGAUGGCAAAGUGCAUUGUAGACUUGGUCCAAUAUUUCACAGGAAUAAAAAGGGUGAGGGAC